CAGAAACCGAGCCUCGUUUCCAUUUCGCCGCGUGAAACGACUGCAAGGUUGAGCAAGAUGGCGGCGGCGCUGUUGGGAAGAAGGUUGGUGAAGACAUUCACCCAAACCUCCCCAAGUCUUCACAAAUUCUCACGAAGUCUGAGUAUAACAGUGAGAAAUCCCGUGGUCGCCAGAAGCCGGCUUUUGGCUCCCGCUUCGUCUUGUUUGUCGUGUUGGAGACGAAAUAUUGCAGAUGUCACUGUGGACGACGAGAGAACAAAGCUAAGAGAAUGGGUUGAUAAAACCAAAAAAGGCAGCUGGAUCUCUCGUUGGAUCAGUGAUGUCGACGAGAUAGAAAGUUCGAUGAUGUCUGAAGAGGAGUACCAGGAAAGAGAGAAGCUGAUUCAAAAGAUGACAGAGAUGUACUUUGAUAACCCUUCACAAAAGUGGGAUCCCUCAUUCUUUUCAGAAGUCUUUGACACAUUGAUCAAGUUCAAUGACAGAAUUGGAGUAGAGAUUUUCCUGGAAAUGAUGAAAGAGAUGCAAGUUAUCGCUGAUGAGGAAAUGAUUAAGAAGGUCGAGUGCUAUUUGACUGAAGCACGUGAGGCCUCUUGGUUUGAGAAAUAGUUUUUAAAGAAACCAAAAAUACUGUUGUCUGAUUACAUAUUAUUUUGUCAAUAACCUAAAAGCUAAAAGUACUCAUGUAAAUAAUUUAAGUCAGUGUGGGGUGUUAACAUGACUUUAACUUAACAUACACUAUUAUUUAGGCUGUAUUAUUGUGUGAAAUCCAUUUAUAACUUCUUGCCUGCUAACUUCACUAGCUAGAAGGAGAUAAAAGUUAUAAAUUGAUAUAAAUUUUUCUUUAUUUCUGGUGAAGUUGUCAAGUUUGAAGUACUACACAUUUAACAUUACAUGGAAGUAUCAUACCUAUUUUUGUGAAGUAUAACAGAAGUUACAACAGUUGCAAAAUAUUAAUUAUCAGUCUUGUGAGAUUGUUUUAGAGAUAGCCUUUACAACAAAUUGAAUGCAAGUUGUGCAUUGUUUUAAGGUUCACCCCUACUUCUUGCAUUAAAAGGAAAAUUUAAAUAAUAAAAAAUGUUCAAACUA